AUGAUCCCAAAAAUUCGGCCUGAUGUGCCAUCGAGCUCCGAUGAAGAUUUACCCCAAAACAAGACAACACUCGACCGCACCGAGGGCCAACACCACGCGAACCACAUUCAACUCAAUGAAGCUAUUCUUUCAUCGAGGAGGGAACCUGAAGGGGGAAUGCGCGAAAGAGGUGCGGAUGAGGCAGCCUAUGAUUCGGAGGCUGAUCUUCUACAUCACAAUAUAAGAUCGAUGAGCGAUGAUUCGGAUUCUAUAGCCAAUGAACCAAGCGAAUAUGACACGGCACAGUCUGAUCUUCCCUCUACAUCGACCCAUCGUGAACCACACUCUAUUGACAACACAACCCUUAAUGUCAGACGAGUGACAUCCAGGCGCAGCAAGUCCAGUGCCGACCUUAUGACGGCCCUCAAUUUCCACUUCUCCGAUAGUGAAGGCGAGAGAGAGGAUGACUUCGCGUCGUUUGGCUCUGAUAGCGAGACAAUUCGCGCUAAACAAUUAGAAGCUGAUGGGCUUGUCGACGUAGAAGUCGGCGAACCUCUAAACAACCCUCAGGAGCAGCGGUUACCCGCUUUUCACGAACUCACUGUUAUUGGUCCUUUCAUAGAGUCAAAAUUUGGGGCAUAUGCCGCUGAUCACGGUAGUAGACAGCCAGAACGGGAGCCAAGUGACCAACCCCCAGUUCAUGAUUUACCCGGACAGCGGGUGAAUCGACAGGAAUCGCAUGCGACGGCGAGCCUGAUAUCGCCAGAGGCCUCGAGGUGCCCUCACCCAGAGCCAGGCAAACAAGUGUCACCUCCGCAGGGACGGCAGAGCCCGAUACCCGACGGUCCAGAGCUGGAAAUUCAAGACCUGAAGGCUCAAGUGCCAGAUGCGAAGGAGAGCAGCACUGGAAAAUUCAGCCCCACGGCGUCUGCUGCACCAGGUCUAGAAUUGCAGAAAACUGAAUAUCAGGAGGCUGACCCCACAGGACCAGAAGACUCAGGUCUAGGUCCAGGAUACGAGGAAUCCAAAAUUCCACAUUCUGGUUUUUGGGAGUCAGAUUCUCAAGAACAGGGCUCGCCGGCUCUUCAGUCUCCAGAGCCGAAUGUUCCAAUGCAAGACGCGGAAGGACCAGGAUCACCCGAGCCGGAACACUCGCAAAUUGAAAGAUCAGAGUCGAUUUCUCCAUUGGCUGCGUCUGCCGAGUCUGACGCCUUAAAAUCAGAAUCUUCGGAUUUCGAGUAUAAGGAAGGGGAGUUUUCUGAGCCGGAUCGCCGCGGUCGAGAUUCUCCCAGUCCUGUUCACCAAGAAACCAAUCGUCAGGGGGUCGAGGUCCCCGAGGGUGAUUCUUAUGCACGCAACGCCAACGAGUCGAAUUCUCACAAGGCUGAAGUGCGCAAGCUCCGAAGCUGGCUUGCAGAGCAGAUCGAAUCCUCCCCUCAGGGUGUGCUCUGGGAGAAACUUCGAAACACUCGGCGAGCUCUACGGAGAGUCGCCCGUUACCCCAUGCCUGAGUGUUUCACGGGGGCCGACAUUCUGAUCACAGAAAUGCGACAGCUUUAUUAUGAGAUUGUCAAUGAUGCCAAAUUGCCCACGCUUACACAGGCAAAACUGCUCAAUCUCUGUCAUGCCAUUCGUACCGAAGCACGACGCGUGUUCGUGUAUGCUGCUGAAGAGGUCCCUGACACUGGCGAAGGUGCUAUGCUGCUCAUUCAGUUUGAAGCCCACGUAGUGCGCCGACUCAUUACGAUAGUGGAAUUCGGCUACAAGUCAUACGUGGUGUGUGGUCAUCGAGCAGAAAGACAAUUUCGGGCUGUCUUGGAUCUACUGAGCUGGUGCAGCAAGCAGAUCUGCAACUAUGCUGACACCGGCUAUCUCCAAAAGACGAGGGCAACUUCCAGGCCGCUACUCCUGUCAUUGUCGCGUCUGAUCAAAUGUGUCGAAAACGGAGAGAUAGCCCGCUCUCUGGAGACCAGUCGGAGUGCAGGUAUUGGUCAGCCUCGACGUACCAGCCAGGCGAGCAUAUUACACUCGCAGGACGGGAGCACUGUCUUUCCGGAAUGGUCGCAAGUGACUCAGCACAAUUUACCUCCCUCUGGAUGCAGCUGGUCUUUGGAUGAGGAAGACGCAGUGCACGAGGGCGUGGAUCGUUUUUCAGGUCAGUCCUCAUCCCUUUGCCUGGGUCUCAACGUUUUGACUGAUCAACAAGUGGGUUUAGGUAACUAUGAGGACAGGAUCGAUCUUAUCCUUUCCAUCAUUACUCAUUUCGGUGAUCGAUUAAGACGACAUACUUAUCAAGAAAUCGAAGCCAAAAUGGAUGAGUUUUGUUGA